GAGAGGAGAGAGGAGAGGAGGGCUAGCUCGGGUUUCAGAGACGCGCUCAGACCUCAAACCUGCAGCACGUUGGUCGGAUCAGACGGAGCGCAGCGCACAGACAGGAACUCCAGCCGGGACAUCACUGACUGCACAGGCUUCAGAAUGCCUCCGAACCUGACCUCACUGUAGCUGCUCACGUGCGUGUUGUGUGCGAGCGCACCAAGGUAGUUUGGAGACAUAUCCAAGCAAAGGACAUCGGGAUUAUAAAGAAACAGCCUCCCAGAAGCUCCAAAGCCGUGCAAACGUAUUGAUCCCUGAAGGAGUUUUUGUGUGGAUCCAACUGAAGUCAGAUGUUUAGAAUGGAAGAGGARCAGAAGUGGAAACUUGGUGAGGAGAGGAGGAGGACGACGCGCGCGGAUCCUUCCGAACAGCCCCCGCGGACGAGCUGGACGCACGUGUCCGGGCUGACGGUUUGCUUCGCGAUGUGCGUCGCGUGCCUCGGAGUUUGCGUGUUUGUGAUCGUGCGGAGCUCGGAGAUGCGCUCCCGGAUCGCGAGUCUGGAGCAGCAGCAGCUCUCCGCCUGGAUGUUGGCUCAGGAGCAGGUGGAGCCUCUGAUUCUGGGGCGACUGGACCAGAUCCUGGAGGAGAAGCUUGCAGCACGGCUGCCGAAGUCCCGGGAGGUGAGAGAAGUUCUCCACGGCUGCCUGUGUCCCCCCGGACCUCCAGGUCCUCCUGGACGAGCUGGCUUUCCGGGUGACAAAGGAAGUAUGGGAAUUCCUGGAAGAAUGGGCUUAAAAGGACAAGCAGGUGAGAAGGGUGCACCAGGUGAACCUGGUCUGUCCAUCAUUGGACCAAGAGGUCCUCCUGGACAACCGGGUACAAGAGGAUUUCCAGGCUUUCCAGGUCCUAUUGGGUUGGAUGGCAAACCAGGGCUAAAUGGACUAAAGGGAGACUUGGGUCCUCGUGGUCCUAAAGGAAACCCAGGAGAACCAGGACCCAAAGGGGAGAAGGGUGUAUGUGGAGACUCAACRCACCGGAAGCGGCGUAUUGUACAGACCUGUGUUGGACAGAUGGCCUCACAGGGUGAACCUGGAGUGCAGGGACCCCCAGGGCCUCCUGGACCCCCUGGACCUGCAGGUACUCCAGGUCUUGAUGGAGCUAGUGGCCCACCGGGUAAACCAGGGGAGCCUGGCAAACCAGGAAAAGACCCAAGGCUCUUACCUGGACUGAAGGGGGAACCAGGUGUUCCAGGACAAAAGGGUGACAGAGGCGAUAUCGGCCCAGCAGGUCCUGAAGGCUCAAAGGGAGAUAAAGGAGAAGAAGGAAUUAAGGGGGAUGAAGGGAAAAGGGGUUUCCCAGGAGAGAGGGGAGAGAAGGGUGACUCAGGUUUCCCAGGUGCUCUUGGGUUAAAGGGCCAGGCUGGAAUCCCUGGUUCUCCUGGUAUUCCUGGCAUUCCUGGCAAAAGGGGCUAUCGGGGGGAGAAAGGAGAGCCGGGAACAACUGCUAAAGGAAUCAAAGGAGAGCCGGGUUCACCUGGACUGCCAGGACUAACGGGAUCCAAGGGUGAGAAAGGAGAUAAGGGAGAUGCAGGUCUUCAAGGACCAGCUGGACCAAGAGGUCCUUCAGGCCCAACUGGAGAGCCAGGAAGAGCUGACAUCCUGAACAAUGAAAACGAUAUCCGCAACAUACGUCUGAUGGGUCCCCCUGGAUUACCUGGACCUCCAGGAUCACCUGGAGUCCCUGGCACAAAAGGUGAAGUUGGUCUACCAGGUCCUCCAGGACUAGAUGGAGAAAAGGGACCCAGAGGAAAGCCUGGAGAGCCCGGUCCUCCAGGUCCAGCUGGUCCAGAAGGUACCAGAGGAGAGAGUGGCGUCAUGGGCUAUCCAGGACCCAAGGGAGAAAAAGGAGACAUGGGUCCAUCUGGAUCACCUGGCCCUAAAGGUGAAUCUGGAGGUGGAGGAAGGUCAGAAAUGAUGUAUGGUCCUCCUGGGCCUCCAGGACCCUCUGGACCAGUUGGCCCCGCAGGGCCUCAAGGGCCAUCAGGGUCUAAGGGUGAGCCAGGCAUGGCUACCAAAGGAGAAAAGGGAGACAUAGGUCAGAAAGGUGAAAAAGGAGACAGAGGCCAUCUUGGACUACCUGGUCUAAUAGGACCAGCAGGUGUGCCAGGGCCCGCUGGACCAAAGGGAGAGAGAGGUGAAAAGGGAGAUUCAGGAUUACCAGGACCAACAGGGCCACAUGGCAUCCCUGGUUUAGAAGGACCACAAGGACUCAAAGGAAAUCGGGGAGAGAGGGGCAAGAAAGGCAACAGGGGGGCCAAAGGGGAUAAAGGAGACCAAGGAGCACCUGGAUUAGAUGCCCCCUGUCCGUUGGGUGAUGAUGGAUUACCUGUACCAGGAUGUUGGAACAAAGGUCAACAUCCUUUCCAGCUGGCUAAGAAGUAGCAAUCCAAACAGGUCUCUGUGAAGCGACAGAGAGGAAACUUGAAGAUAUCCAAGACACCUUUGAGUUUAGAAACCAACCUGGAGAUGGCAUUUUAGCAUUGUUCCAGGAGGCUGGACACAGGGCCAGUACUGAGUCUCUGGGGAGCAGACUGACUUCAACAAGACUGGAUAGAACAGACAUCAUCAUCAUCAUCAUCGUAGCUGGAUGAGAUAACAUCACAUGGACACACACCAGCUGCUGGGCUUUAUUUGAAUGCAUUUUCUUUGAACUUUUGAAACCGUAGGGCCGAGGCAUGGAGUAACACCAUUACUGUAACUGUGAURAAGACUUCAGAGCAGCUCACAGAUCAAACAGAUGCCACACGUUUCCAUGAAAAACCAAAGAAGCAAACAUGAUUCCUUCUUGAUAUAAUCAGAUUCACUGCCUUUAAAAAAAAUCCCUUGCAUUUAUGGCAUUUUACUUUGUGCAGUAUCGGGAUAAUUCAAAGCAACACUUAUGAGUUGUUUGAUAUACUAACUUUUUUAUGUUGUGGUGUUAAUAAAACACCACSUUUUAAUGCUGUAUUUGUAAUUAUUGUACAAUAGGAUAAAACGUAUGUAUAAAAGUACUCAAUCUUUGUAAAUAGCAUGUAUUGAUUUCUAAAAUAUGUGUUUCAACUAUAGAAUAAGCAGCAAGAAACAUCAUUCAUAUCCUAAUUAAAAACAAAUGACAGGCAGUAAAUGUUGUUUUAUGACCUCAUAUCAAAAUUUCAUAAUUUUCACAGAUCUAGUCUCAGCAAAUAUUUGACAAUGCUCAAUGGACAUAUUUUUUAUUUUCCACAUAAUCCAAAUAAUUUAAUAAAACAAAAACCUAAUUGUUGAAAGUAGUUAAAUUUCUAAAAAAUACAGAAAAAGCUAAAAAUGCCCUUUGUCAGUGAUUUACAUAAACAAUCCUUGUUUUAUUCAAAAGCAAAUGCACUGAAGCAUUCCUUAUGUCAGACUAACUGCUGCCAUGUAACCAGACCUGGGUCAAAACAAUAUAUUUUAUUCUUUUUAUAUUAUUUUAUUUUUCUUAUUUUUUAGUUUGGUUGUUUGAAAGUGUAAAAACAUUAUAUUUGCUUUAUUGUUAUGUAACUAAUACGAAUUUAUACAUUUUGGUAAAAAAAAAUGCAGUUGUGGAGAAGUGAUCUAAUCAAUCACCAUAUAAAAAAGAUUUUGUAGUUAUUAUUUUUUAAACUUUUCAUUUAACACACAAUCUUGCUCUGUUGUGUUUAUUUCAUUUUCUUGUCUCUAGUAGAUUGUUCUUUUUAAUAUAUGAAUGUUAGAACAUUUCACCACUUUAACUCUGGAAGAAUUUACAAGUCUAACAAACUUGUUCUUUUUUGUUUCUUCAAAGGCAAUGUCACAUUUUUUUUAGUUUUGUUCACAUUCUACAGCAGUUUAGGCUCACCCUUUACAUACAGUAUUUGGUGACUCAAAUCUUUUAUUUUUAUAGUUUAGACCAAGAAUGAAGGCUGAGGACUGUUUGUGGUCUACAAAAUUAGUGCCUCAUUAUGUACAGUUCAUGACUGGGUUUCUACACAGUUUUCACUUUAGGCUUUGCAUUUAUUUCUUGCACAAGUAUGAAACCUAACUGACCCAGUUUGCUUUGUACGCUUCAUGUGAAUGAGUAAUUACAUGUUCGUUUGAAUUUGGAUUCUGGGACAGAAAGCAUGAUUAUCGAAUGUUUUGAUUAGCCGUACAACAACAGAUGUUGUAGUAGCUCUGUAUGAAGGUCAUAGUGAGAGAGGUGUAGUUUUAUCCUGCAUCAUUUCAAUGUGUUGUUGUGCUUAUAGAGCCUGUGUGGUCAUGUAAUCAAGGUGUUUUUUUUCCACUAUGAUGGACGGCAGUUUGCCAUGUACUGAGUACAGCUGGGUGCAUUUAGUGUAGCAUCAGUACAUGAGUUGUUGUUUUUUUAAGGAAAGGCUAGGUCAAGUCCACCACAGCACACUUCAGUCUGAGGUGCGCUGAUGGUGAGUCACUGGCAUCGUACGCCUCACAUCAAACUUCUACAUGUGUCUUUGUCAAACCUCAUUSAGCUCUCUGAGGAUGCUGAGAACUUGCACUUUAGGCUGGAGGCAAUCAGAGAUUUGUAGAAGUACCAUACAAUUGGUGGAAAGUCAGUGUUGUGUUCCUGUGCCAAGAAGUUAUCCCCAUCAGCUUUGUUUCAUUUUAAGUUUUUUUUUCUGGUUUUGUUAAAUGUUGCUGAGAAAACGCAUACUGGUGACUCAAAAUUUACAAGCCCAUUUCAAACUGGGAGUCUGUUUAAAAUGUACAUAAGAACAGAAGGUCAUGGUUUGCAAUUUUUUAAAUGCAUAUUUKAUUCACAGUGGAACAAAGUAAACAUAUCAAAUGUUGAUAUUAGGGUGAUUUUGAGUUAUAGCAAUGUAUCUAAAGAAAAAACAGUUGGGACGAGGUCAUGUUUCCUAAAGUGAAUCAUACCCUCCUGCUGCGGGGGUCUCUGCAGUACAUUGAUGCAGGUCUUGGUGUGGGCGGAGCUUUGCAAAGUCUGCGAUUGAUCGGAUUGACUUGUAUUGUGGGCAAGUUAAAAGACGAAGUAACAAUAGUAAAAUUAUUGUGAACAUGUAAAUGUAGUUUAUUGACUAUAGUUUGGAGCAGAACAAUGUAUCAAAGAAAAAUUAUGGUGAACAUGUAAGCACAAUUUAUUUACUUCAAAUUAGAUGCGACUAGCACCUUGUCUCAAGUUUUGACUAAAAUUAAUAUUUUAUAUUUAAAACAUAAAUGUGUUUUCUGUUUGUUUCAACUGAGCUACAUAUUCUCCCAGCAGUCCAGUAUUCAUCCAAUGCAGUUGUUAUGGCUUCUUCAAACUGCACCUAAAAUAGUCAAUCCAACCAAUCAGCUCUUUACCAAAAUCCUCCCAGAAAAGUCAAACAGACCAAACUCCUUCCAUUCAAGAAACUCCACUUAGUGACUGCAGAGACCCCCUUCUCUCUUCUGUAAACUUCCCAGAACUGAGACCAGUGGUUGGAGUUUUUAGAGGUUAAUGUCCCACUUUUGUUUUAUUAUUUUAUUUUAGUUUUAUCUGUUCAGCAGUCCUAGCUCUUUGCUGGAUGUUUUGUUUCAUGAUUCACCAAAUUGUUUCAAUUAGAAAGAGGUCUGAACAGCAGACAGGUCAGUUCAGUACCUAGAUUUGUUUACUACAAAGCUAUAUUGUUGUUGUGCAUGCAGUAUGACAUUUAGUGUUGUCUUGUUAAAAAAAAACAUGUUCCAAAACCUUUAUAUACUUCUCUGCGUUAAAAAUGCUUUUCCAGUUUUUUGACUUUGCCUCAAAAGCUCAUUUAAAAUUGCAUUUAAAUGAGCUUUGGCCAAUAGAAGACUGUGGUGUUUCUGGAUGGUGUUCACAUACAACUUCUUCUAUGCAUGAUAGAGCUUUUAAUCAACAUUUAUGGAUGGCACAUUGAAAUGUGUUUC